AUGGAUCCUGGGCGCAAGGCAAUGCUAGCGGGACGAAGAUCCCCCAACCGUCGAGACGUUACAUCCCCCCGACAUGACCCUACCAACAGAAUUUCCAAACCAACAAAGCCAACUGCUUCAAAGGUCAACCCCAAGUACUUGACCCAAGACGAGCAGUCGCGCCAAUUUGUCGCCGACGAGGACAAAUUCGUACUGAAGCAGUCCAAGAAGAAGGCAGAUAUUCGCAUCCGCGAAGGUCGCGCCAAACCUAUCGACUAUCUUGCCUUCAACUUGCGAUACAUCGAUACCGAUCGCGACGUAUUCGACGACGACGAGACCGAUGUUGCGAUCGACAUCCCUGCACCCGGAGAUGUUAUCGCGCAGUUGGAUAGCGAGCAGAUCGCCGAGCUAGACUCUGAUAUCGCCUCUUAUCAUGUACUCGAGACCAAUCCUACCAACCGCGAAUAUUGGAGGGCGCUCCAGACCAUCUGCGCAGACAGGAAGGCAAAAUUAGACCCGCACGGACAUGAGAGAAGGGUUGUGAGCAGUGUUUCAGACGACAUUGAUAAGAUUCUCGCCCCCAAGACGCACGACCAGUUGGAGGCCUUGGAAAAGCAGAUCAAGAACAAAUUACAAUCGAACGAAGACAUCGAUACGGAUUAUUGGGAACAGCUGCUCAAAAGCCUGAGAGUGUGGAAAGCUCGUGCCAAGCUAAGCCAGGUAUACGAGACAAUCAAGGAGAUCCGCGUCAAGCAGCUCAAGGAGAGUGACCCGGCCAAGGCAAAAGCGUUGGGCCAGGCGACUUCUGCCCCCAAGGUGACAUUCGGCGCGCAGCCAGGAGCCGCAGCGUCAGCUUCCCCAGAUCCAACGGCGACGCCGGCAUAUGUUUCAUCCUCAAGCCAUGCAGGAAAAUCUGCACCUCCUGGCACCGAACGCUUUUCUCAGGCCGACAAUGAGGACUUCUCGCAGGCUACCAAAGCACUGUAUGAUCGCGAGGUUGCUAGAGGGGUCGACGAGAACGAGGAGAUAUUCACAAGCGAAGAAGCGGUGACCACUUCCAAACCGCAGUGGGCAGACAAGUACAAACCCCGAAAACCGCGUUAUUUUAACCGAGUGCAAAUGGGCUACGACUGGAACAAGUACAACCAGACCCAUUAUGAUCACGAUAACCCACCGCCCAAGGUUGUCCAGGGCUACAAAUUCAAUAUUUUCUAUCCAGAACUCAUCGACAAGACAAAAGCACCAACUUUCAAGAUUAUCCGGGAACACGGCCGUAGACGUGGAGAAUCGUUUGCUGCUGCUGGCGAGGAGGACACGUGCCUGAUCAGGUUCAUUGCAGGCCCCCCAUACGAGGAUAUUGCGUUUCGUAUUGUCGAUCGAGAAUGGGAUUACAGCGCCAAGAAAGAUCGAGGCUUCAAGAGCUCUUUUGACAAGGGUAUCCUGCAGCUACAUUUUCAGUUCAAGAAGAUCUAUUACAGGAAAUAG